CCUCCAAGGUGCACAUAGAAACACUGACCGGCUACUGUGGGUAUCUGUAGGUUGUUACCCACUGUUGCAGUCUCUAAGGUGGAAGUUUAUUGUACGGAAUAGGUGUAAACAAAAUACGGAUUUAUGUUCUCAGAACAGCUGACAUUCCUUGUGGACUACCUGUUGAUUAUACUGGAGCUACAAAGCACCCUUUAGCAAUAUGGGUGUGAUAGGGGUACAGCUGGUCGUUACCAUGGUGAUGGCCAGCGUCAUGCAGAAGAUUAUACCUCACUAUUCUUUCGCCCGUUGGCUGCUCUGUAGUGGCAGUUUACAAUGGUACCAGCAUCCAACAGAACAAGAGCUAAGGACCCUCGCAGGAAAACAGAAAGUAAAAACUAAAAAAGAAAGGAAAUAUAAUGGGCAUAUUGAAAAUAAGCCACUAACUGUUCCUAAAGACAUAGACCUUCACUUGGAGACCAAGUGUGUCACAGAGAGUGAUGCCAUAGUUCUUCAUUAUUUCCCAGAGUACCAGUGGCUGGUGGAUUUUACUGUUGUAGCGACAGCAGUGUACUUCAUCACUGAAGUGUAUUAUUGCUUAGUGGAUCCUGCUAAUGAAAUGAAUAUUGGUAUUGUCUGGUGUCUACUCGUGUUGGCCUUUGCAUUGAAAGCUUUAUUCUCAUUGACAGCACACUACUUUAAAGUGGAAGAAGGGGGUGAAAGGUCGCUCUGCAUCACAUUUGGAUUUUUCUUCUUUGUUAAAGCCAUGGCAAUAUUGAUAGUAACAGAGAAUUAUUUGGAAUUUGGGCUUGAGUCAGGUUUUACAAAUUUUUCUGAAAAUGCUGUGCAGUUUCUCGAAAAACAAGGCCUGGAGUCUCAGGGUCCAGUUUCGAAACUGACUUUCAAACUCGUCCUUGCUGUGUUGUGUGCACUAUUAGGCGCUUUUCUGACAUUCCCAGGACUACGAUUAGCUCAGAUGCACCUGGAUGCCUUGAAUGUAGCAACAGAAAAGAUAACACAGACUCUUCUUCAUAUCAAUUUUUUAGCACCUUUAAUCAUGGUCUUGAUGUGGAUAAAACCAAUAACAAAGGACUAUAUAAUAAACCCACCUUUGGGAAAAGAGAGCAUUCCUUUAAUGACGGAGGCAACAUUUGACACACUUCGGUUGUGGGUAAUCAUUCUACUGUGUGUACUUCGGCUUGUUGUAAUACGUUAUCAUCUUCAAGCAUAUCUCAACUUGGCACAGAAGUGCGUGGAACAAAUGAAGAAAGAAGCUGGCAGAAUAAGUACAUUAGAGCUACAAAAAAUGGUUGCUCGAGUUUUUUAUUACUUAUGUGUCGUUGCACUUCAGUAUGUGGCACCAUUGGUGAUGCUUUUGCACACAACACUCCUUUUGAAGACCCUAGGUAAUCAUUCCUGGGGUAUCUAUCCUGUAACAGACUUGAAGUCUCCCAUGGAGACAAAUUCACUGCCCACAUCUGUGGACUCUGAUCCCACUGUCUCUCAAGAAAAUACAAAGUUAACUGUUGCACAAAUAACAUUGGCAUUGGGUGGCCUUAGAAAUGUUUUCUCACCUUUGCUUUUUCGAGGGAUUUUGUCUUUUUUGACCUGGUGGAUUGCUGCAUGUUUGUUCACCAUAAGUUUGUUUGGCCUGUUCUACCACCAGUAUCUGACUGCUGCAUAAGGCUGAAGCAAAGCUGGACUUUGAAAAUGAUACACUUCUUGGUUCUCAGUUAAAGCAGCAAAGAGGAGACUGAACAAAAUGCCUCAAGAUCAACAUUGUUUUUGUCAUACAGGCAAAAUACCUUCAUUUUCAAAUGCUUCCUCUGGCUUCUCAGGUUGAAUAAUGUCUUAUUUUUAAAACAGCAAAGGGGAUUAGCAUCAUACCGUAGUUGGUAAUGUGUCCUGUUGCUGAACUGCUACACUGAACUACAGUGUUGCUCAUACCUGUGAGCUACUUGAAAGAUGCAGCGAAAGGUUUGUUCUCUUAUCCCAAGAAUGCUGCAUCACAGUUAUUGUAAUGUCUGAUUGCAAGGAAAUGAUUUUAAUGGCAGUAAUUCAAAUGGUAAACUGCGGUGAUAGCAUAGAACCAUGCUUUUAAGUGUAGAUUUUUUCAUGAAAACUGAGCCAUAUUUAAUAAGAAAAGAGAAAAUAUAUGUUUUUUGUUGGGUAUUUAAAUGCUAUUCACAUUUAAGUGAAGUAUCCAACAGAACAAGACAUAGCUACUGUAUAUUACAGUGAUGCAAGUUUUGAAUUAUAUGAUGAACUAAGUGUAUGAAUGCAUGACAUGAGAGAUCUGUAUAGUGCUGACAAAACGUAAGAAUGCUUAGGUAUUUGGGAGAAUGCUGUUGUCCCAGUAUUCCUGUUGUGUCAUUCCCUGCUGCACAUCUAGAAUACAUAAAUUUACGGUUGUUUUGUGGAAUGUGACAUGCAUAACCAGUCCUUUUUCAUUUUUGUAGCAGGAAUCUGCUUUGUAUUUUUACUCCCAUUUCCAUUUAGAACAAGCAAAAAAAUGUCUUCUGCCAGAGAUAGUAUGUUUGUGAUAAUACAGUUCUGGCAUAGUUUAAUAGUUAAAGCUAGAGAAAUGGGAAAAUGUAUUUCUAUACCUGUUGUUUUGUGUUUUGGAAAGCAGGACUAUAAGGCAUGGUCAGGGGCUCCAUCAUUGCCUCGGAUGCUACCGUAAAAGAUAAACAACUGCCAUAUGAACAUUUGAAGUCCUACUGUUGACAAUAAUAUACACCUGUAUUUGUACAUUUUUGUUAAAUGGCAUACAUUCACUUUGGCUAUUUAAGUCUGAAGUUAUAUUAAGAUAAUUUAUUGAUGUAGUGGCAAGUAAUUUAAAGACAUGCUUAAAUGGACGAAACAUUCUGUUACUGCUUGUUACAUGGUUUGUCUCUUUGGAUAUAUUUUAGGACAGAAAUUAAACUGUUAAAUGAUU